AUUGCAAAGCAGCCAAACUGGCCGACAUCGUGUUCAUCAUCGAUGAGUCUGGAAGCAUCGGGACGCCAAAUUUCCAGUUGGUUCGUGCUUUCCUUCACUCCAUCGUGAGCGGCCUGGACGUCGGCCCGAAGAGAGUCCGAGUGGGCAUCAUGAGUUUCGCCGACAGACCCUCAGCGCUUGUUCACCUCAACACCUUCAAUGACAAGAACGAUCUGCUCAAGUUCAUCAAGAUCCUGCCUUACCACGGAGGAGGUACCAACACCAGAGAUGCCUUAGAGUACGCCCGCAAGAGCGUUUUCAUCAAAGAGAAAGGAAGCAGGAAGGACAGGGGCGUCCAGCAGGUGGCGGUGGUGAUCACUGAUGGGGAAUCCCAGUACAACGUUAGCAAGGCAGCAUAUGAAUUACGACGUGAGGGCAUCACCGUUUACGCAGUUGGAGUCAAAGGUGCAAACGAGGACGAGCUGAAACAGAUGGCGUCGUAUCCCACACACAAGCACACGUUUGUGGUGGACGACUUCACGAAGCUGAAGACGCUGGAGCAGACCCUGCAGAAGAGCAUGUGUGUGAACAUCAUCAAGCAAGCAGUCUCAGUCAACACAAGACAAAAGGGCAUCAAAGAAGGCUGCUCACAAACGGAUGAAGCGGACUUCUUCUUCCUGAUCGAUCACUCAGGGAGCAUCUACCCGACCGACUUCAGUGACAUGAAGAAGUUCAUCAUCGAGUUUCUGCACACUUUCCGUAUCGGGCUCGAACACGUUCGCAUGGGGGUCGCAAAAUACGCAGACGCACCAAACUUAGAGUUUGAUCUGACCGCACACUCGGACACCAAGGCCCUGGAGGACGCCGUGUUGAAAAUCCAACAAAAAGGAGGCGGCACUGAGACAGGAAGAGCGCUGAACUUCAUGGGCCCAUACUUUGAACGAGCAGAGGCCUCUCGAGGUCACAAAGUCUCAGAGUACCUGAUUGUGAUCACUGAUGGUAAAUCAUCCGAUGAGGUCAAGAUUCCUGCAGAAAAGCUGCGGGCACAGGGGGUCAAGGUGUACGCCAUCGGGGUGAAAAACGCAGACCAAGAAGAGCUGAGAGAGAUCUCCGGAGACCCCGCAAGGAUGUUCUUUGUCAACAACUUUGAUGCUCUGAAACCCAUCAAGGACAACAUCGUCACAGACAUCUGUUCUCCGGGCGCUUGCAAAGACCAACCUGGCGACCUCAUCUUCUUGAUUGACAGCUCUGGGAGCAUUGAAUACGACGACUACCAGAAAAUGAAAGACUUCAUGAAAUCUGUCAUCGGUAAGUCCAUCAUUGGGCAGAACGACGUGCAUGUGGGUGUCAUGCAGUUCAGCGACCGACAAACGAUGGAGUUCCCCCUCAACUCCUUCUACUCCCAGGAUGAGAUGUUGCAAGCCAUCGGUGACAUGAUCCAGUUUGGUGGGGGCACGCUCACAGGUGAAGCUAUCACUGCAGUGUCGCAGUACUUUGACGUAGCUCGAGGAGGGCGGCCCAACCUGAAGCAGAGGCUGGUGGUGAUCACAGACGGCGAGGCUCAGGAUGAGGUGGAAGGCCCUGCCGCCAGUCUGAGGGCUAAUGGAGUGCUGGUCUACGCCAUCGGAGUGGUGAACGCCAACACCACCCAGCUGCUGGAGAUCAGCGGGACACCAGACAGGAUGUACUCCGAGAGGGACUUUGACGCCCUGAAGGACCUGGAGAGUGAGGUGGCUCUGGAGCUGUGUGAGCCGGACAGAGAUUGUAAGAAGACGGAGAGGGCGGACAUCAUCUUCCUGGUGGACGGCUCCACCAGCAUCGACCUGAUCAAGUUUCGAAGCAUGCAGAAGUUCAUGGAGUCCAUGGUGAAACAGACCACAGUGGGCAAAAACCUGACUCGCUUUGGAGUCAUCCUCUACUCCACCAACCCAAAGUCUAACUUCACCCUGAAGGAGUACGAAACCAAACGAGACAUUCUCAAAGCCAUCUCACAGCUCAAAAACCCGUAUGGAGACACGUACACCGGCAAGGCUCUGGGGUACGCUCUGGACUAUUUUAAAGCUGAACACGGCGGUCGGGCUGAUCUCAAUGUGCCGCAGAUUCUGUUGGUGAUCACAGAUGGGGAUGCAACGGACCGUAACAAUUUAGUUGCUCCAUCCGUGGCGCUGAAAAACAACAAGAUCAACGUGAUCAGUAUCGGCGUGGAAGGAGCCAACAGGACGCAGCUGGAGAUCAUGGCCGGGCACGACAAGUCCAAAGUCUUCCACGUGGAGAACUUUGACGCCCUGGAGGGUCUGUACAAGAACAUCACUCAGGAGCUCUGCGACGUCACCAAUGUGUGUGAAAAACAGAGGGCUGACCUGGUUUUCCUCAUCGAUUACUCCGGCAGCAUCCAACAACAGGACUACACCAUCAUGAAGAACUUCACCACAGAGGUGAUCAGCAGCUUCAAAAUCAGCGAUGAUUUGGUGCGUGUGGGAUGUGCUCAGUUCAGCAGUGAGUUUAAGGACGAGUUUUACCUGAACCAGUGGAACACUUUGGAGACUGCGAGUAAACACAUCCAGAAGAUGAUUCAGUCCGGCGGAGGCACCAACAUUGGCAAAGCUCUGGACGCCAUCAGGGAGUACUUUGAGGCUUCUCGUGGGAGCCGCAGAUCGGAAGGGAUAUCCCAGAAUCUGGUGCUGAUCACAGACGGUGAAUCUCAGGACGACGUGGAGGACGCGGCCAACCGUCUCAGGGAUCUGGGGAUCGAGGUGUUUGCCAUCGGCAUCGGAAACGUCCACGAUCUGGAGCUCCUGCAGAUCACCGGCACACCUGAGAGGCUGUUCACCGUGCAGAACUUUGGCAGCUUGGAGAACAUCAAGAAAAAGGUCGUGAGCACAAUCUGCAAAUCCAAACCUCCCAAAGAACAAUCCAGCUGCAGCAUCGACAUAGUGAUGGGGUUUGACAUCUCCAAAACAGACCGUGCUCCAGGUGAGCUGCUGUUCAGCGGACACACAAAGCUGCAGAGCUUCCUGACUGACAUAGCCCACUAUGUUUCCUCCGUGCCCGGCCUGUGCUGCGUCGGCCCCGCUCCCGUAAGGACCAACAUUGCCUACCACUUGGCGAAUCGAGUCGGGCAAACCCUGUACAGCACAAACGUCGAGCCCUACAGCGAAAACGUGGUGGACAAAGUCAAAGCUCUGGCUCUGGAGCCGACAUACUUCACCUCUGCCAUGCUGAGAUCAUUCGGGGAGAAGAUGAAAACAGAGUCUGGAGCUGGAGUGAAGGUUGUGGUGAUUUUCUCGGACGGACUCGAUGAAGACGUGAUGAAACUGGAGUAUGAGUCCGAGCAGCUGAGAAAGUCGGGUGUCAGCGCUCUGCUGGUGGUAGCUCUGGAGGGAGCGCGUGAUGCCACCCAGCUACAGAUGGUCGAGUUCGGUCGAGGAUUCGGAUACAAGCUUCCUCUGACCAUCGGCAUGCCGAGUGUCGGCAGCACCAUCCUCAAACAGAUCGACUCGGUGUCUGACAGAGAGUGCUGCAACGUCAUGUGCAAAUGUUCGGGGCACGAAGGCAUCCGAGGCUCUCGGGGCCUCCCGGGGUCAAAGGGUGUGUCUGGACAAAAAGGCUUCCCCGGUUUCCCAGGAGACGAGGGCGUGGCUGGGGAGCGAGGCGGUUCUGGACCGAGUGGACCUCAGGGUGUUCAGGGCUGCUCGGGGCUCAGAGGACUAAAGGGCUACAGAGGGAUCCGAGGCAACAGGGGCGAAAACGGAGAGGACGGGCUGAACGGAGUCAACGGAGAACAGGGAGUGACAGGACAAGACGGAGGUCGAGGAGAGAGAGGGAACCCCGGAAACCCGGGCAUCCCAGGUAUCAGAGGGGAGGCGGGGCUUAAGGGACAGCGAGGACUGAGAGGAGAUCCGGGUGAACCGGGUGCUGAUAACACCGCUCCAGGACCCAAAGGAGACGCCGGGAACGCAGGACUGCCGGGACCUCCAGGACAAGAUGGACGGCCCGGUGAGAGUGGAAUCAACGGAAACAUGGGUCCAAAUGGAAGGAGAGGCUCGCCCGGUCAGAAGGGUGCACCUGGAAAGCCAGGAGAAGCAGGCAGCCAAGGCAGCCCCGGAGCUUCAGGUCCACAGGGUCCCAGAGGAGUCCGAGGACCACCCGGACCCAUAGGCCUGUCCGGCCUGCCUGGACCUCAGGGUAUAUCAGGACAGCCUGGAGGCCCGGGUGCAGGAGGACGCCGUGGAGCAAACGGACAGAAGGGCCAACCGGGAGAUCCAGGUGAGAAAGGAGUUCCAGGAUCACAGGGACCGCGAGGGAUGCCGGGUCAGGACGGUAAAGACGGUUAUGGACCUGCAGGAACCAAAGGUGCAAAGGGAGAUCCUGGUUUCCCUGGUUACCCCGGGUUAACGGGUGAAGACGGUCUGAAGGGGUCUAAUGGAUAUCCAGGACGUAAAGGGAACCUAGGCCGAGGCGGGAACUCGGGGCGGCCAGGAGAAUCAGGCAUUCCUGGAGAACUGGGACACCCAGGACACCCGGGUCUCAGAGGUCCUCCUGGAAACAUGGGCACCGAGUGUCAGCUGAUCACCUACAUCAGAGACAACUGUGCAUGCUCUUUUGGUCGUUCCGAGUGUCCGGCCCUCCCCACAGAGCUCGUGUUCGGUCUGGACAUGUCUGAGGACGUGACCCCGGCAGCCUUCGAGCGUCAGCGCACCGCCCUCCUCUCGCUGCUGGAUGACAUCUCCAUCGCCGAGAGCAACUGUCCGACCGGCGCCCGCGUGGCCGUGGUCGGAUACAGCGCCCACACCAAGUACCUGAUCCGCUUCCAUGACUACCGCCGCAAAUCGCAGCUGAUCGAGGCGGUGAAGAACAUCGCCCUGGAGAGGACGGUCAACCGCCGCCAGCUGGGCGGCGUCAUGCGCUUUGUGGGUCAGCACGUCUUCAAACGUGUCCGAGCAGGAUUGAUGAUGAGGAAGGUGGCCGUCUUCUUCUCCGCAGGACCUACGCAGGACACCAACGACGUCGUGACCGCCAUGAUGGAGUACCGCGGCUUCAAAAUUGUCCCAGCUGUCAUCGCUCUGAGGAACGCUCCUGCGAUCAGUCGGGCGAUGGAGGUCGAUGACUCCAGAAACGCCAUCUACGUGAUGGGGAGGGACAUGGCCGCUGACCUCAGGAAGGUCAAGAACUGUGCGAUCUGUUACGACCCGUGCAAGCGUUCAAGCGAGUGCUCCUUCAUCCAGGAGGAGGUGCAGCCUCUGGAGGCCGACAUGGACCUGGUGCUGGUGCUGGACGGCUCCCGGGAGGUGCAGGCUGACGAGUACAGCGGCGCCCAGCAGCUGCUGGCGUCUGUGGUGGAGCAGCUGGCCGUGAGCCCUGAGCCCAGCAGGGCCGGGAGCCAGGCCCGGGUGGCGUUAGUCCAGGUGGGGAGCACCCGGGCUAUGAUGCAGGAGUUUGGCCUGCAGACCUACCAGAACCAGCAGCUGAUGAGGACACACCUGAUACAGCGGUUGCAGCAGCAGGGCGGCUCCUCGGCGCUCGGACUCACGCUGGAGUUUGCCCUGAGGGAGGUGCUCCUGAAGGCCACGCACGCCCGGAGGAAGAAGGUGCUGCUGACCGUGUUGGGCACCAAGACGGCCAACGAGGACAGGGUCUUGCUGCAGUACAUCUCCCAGAAGGCCAAGUGUGAGGGGGUGGCGCUGUUCGUGGUGACGGUGGGCGAGCGCUACAGCCGGACGCAGGUGGAGCAGCUGUGCGCUCUGCCCGUGCAUCAGCACCUGAUCCACGUCAGCAGAAUGAACGCCGAGGAGCAGGGCUUCACCCAACGCUUCCUCAGGGUCUUCAUCUCCACCCUCAACAAGGGAAUCAACACGUAUCCUCCUCCCACUCUGAAACGAACGUGUGACCAGCUGAGAGAACAAGAUGGAGGACAGAAUUUUAACGGUCAGGCGGGGUUCACAGAGAUUGAGGACGUGAGGGAGGAGGAGGAGGAGAGGUUUCAAGAGCACACAGGAGGAAGGACUCAGCAGACCGGCCAGCUGGACAUCAUCGAGACCCUGACCCGAGGCGACAGACAGACAGUAGUGUCUGGAGCUAAUGUCAACGCCCAAUGUCUGCUGCGGGCUGAUACUGGUAUCCAGUGUGAAGACUAUGUCCAAGUGUGGUUCUUUGACAAAGACAUCGGUGCAUGCUCGCCAUUCUGGUUCGGCGGUUGCGGCGGCAACGCCAACCGCUUUAAAACGGAAAAUGAAUGUUUCCUGACGUGUGGCAUCCAUAAUCCAGACUUCCUGCCCAAACCAGAGCUGGUCAACUUCGCCUCCAAAGACGCCUGUUUCCAGCCUCAGAACCAGGGCGACUGUCAGAACUACACCAUGGUGUGGUUCUUUGACACCGAGCAGAACGAGUGCUCGCGCUUCUGGUACGGAGGCUGCGGCGGCAACGGGAACCGCUUCAAGACUCAGGAGGCGUGCGAGAGCCUGUGUCUGCUGAAGAGCCGGUGAAGAGGAGGGGCGAGCGAGCAGGAGCGAGGAGGAGGAGAAAAACACCGCUGUACACCCGACACACCACAACAGAGCCUUAGAAUAAAACACAUGCAUGUUCAAGAACCAAACUUUAUCGACAGCUCAGUGAUGACGGACGCCUUCAGGGAAAACGUUUGACUCUCUUCACCAAACACGUAAACAGAAACAUGUUGAACUCUGACGCUGUCACAAUUCUUUACUCCACAUCGGGUGCUACUUUCAUGAAGUGUGUGUGGGGGGGGGGUGGGGGGGGGGUUGUUUAUGAAUGUUUUUAUUUAGACUCGACAUGAAUGUUUGAAGGAAUGGCAUUAAAGUGUGUUUCUGUAAAACAACUUGUUUUUACAUAACUGAAGAGAAAAGAUCGAUCGGACUUGUUAUGAGUGUCGGUGCAGCGAGCUAAAUGUACUUGUUAUGUAAGACAUCGCAUCUCGUUUGAAGACACUUGAAGCUCCCGUCUUCUCCUCAAGUCGUCAGUCUGUCAAACCUAGUAGAAAAACCUCCUCGUUUAUCUGAUCUCAUUUCACUGUCUGUCUCUUUAAGGCCCGCCUCCCCUUGCACAUAUCAAUUGGGGGGGGAGGCUCCAACCAAC